CAUAUGAGGGCAUGAAUGAAGCUGAAGGACUCAUUCCUUGCUUCUCAUAGUCAACAGAGGAAGAGCUCAGAUUGGCUUGGAAGCAGGAAGAGAUUGCCUGUCUUCCAGCCAAAUCCAGCCUCCAAAAUGAUUCAGGUUCUCUUGGUAACUAUAUGCUUAGCAGUUUUUCCUUAUCAAGGGAGCUCUAUAAUCCUGGAAUCUGGGAACGUUAAUGAUUAUGAAGUAGUGUAUCCACGAAAAGUCACUGCAUUGCCCAAAGGAGCAGCUCAGCCAAAGUAUGAAGACGCCAUGCAAUAUGAAUUUAAGGUGAAUGGAGAGCCAGUGGUCCUUCACCUGGAAAAAAAUAAAGGACUUUUUUCAGAAGAUUACAGCGAGACUCAUUAUUCCCCUGAUGGCAGAGAAAUUACAACAUACCCCACAGUUGAGGAUCACUGCUAUUAUCAUGGACGCAUCGAGAAUGAUGCUGACUCAACUGCAAGCAUCAGUGCAUGCAACGGUUUGAAAGGACAUUUCAAGCUUCAAGGGGAGAUGUACCUCAUUGAACCCUUGGAGCUUCCCGACAGUGAAGCCCAUGCAGUCUACAAAUAUGAAAAUGUAGAAAAAGAGGAUGAGGCCCCCAAAAUGUGUGGGGUAACCCAGAAUUGGGAAUCAUAUGAGCCCAUCAAAAAGGCCUCUCAUUUAGAUGUUACUGCUGAACAACAAAGAUACUUGAAUGCCAGAAAAUACGUGAAGCUUUUCCUAGUUGCGGACUACAUAAUGUACUUGAAAUAUGGCCGCAAUUUAACUGCUGUAAGAACAAGAAUGUAUGAUAUUGUCAACGUUAUAACUCCGAUUUACCAUCGUAUGAAUAUUCAUGUAGCACUGGUUGGCCUAGAAAUUUGGUCCAACACAGAUAAAAUUAUCGUGCAGUCAUCAGCAGAUGUUACUUUGGACUUAUUUGCAAAGUGGAGAGCGACAGAUUUGCUGAGUCGCAAAAGUCAUGAUAAUGCUCAGUUACUCACGGGCAUUAACUUCAAUGGACCAACUGCAGGACUUGCUUACGUGGGCGGCAUCUGCAAUACGAUGUAUUCUGCAGGAGUUGUUCAGGAUCAUAGCAAAAUACAUCAUUUGGUUGCAAUUGCAAUGGCCCAUGAGAUGGGUCAUAAUCUGGGCAUGGAUCAUGACAAAGAUACCUGUACUUGCGGGACUAGGCCAUGCAUUAUGGCUGGGGCACUAAGCUGUGAAGCUUCCUUUCUGUUCAGCGAUUGUAGUCAGAAAGAUCAUCAGGAGUUUCUUAUUAAAAACAUGCCUCAAUGCAUUCUCAAGAAACCCUUGAAAACAGAUGUUGUUUCACCUGCAGUUUGUGGAAAUUACUUUGUGGAGGUGGGAGAAGAAUGUGACUGUGGCUCUCCUAGAACUUGUCGAGAUCCAUGCUGUGAUGCUACUACGUGUAAACUGAGACAAGGAGCACAGUGUGCAGAAGGACUGUGUUGUGACCAAUGCAGAUUUAAGGGAGCAGGAACAGAAUGCCGGGCAGCAAAGGAUGAGUGUGACAUGGCUGAUGUCUGCACUGGCCGAUCUGCUGAGUGUACAGAUCGCUUCCAAAGGAAUGGACAACCAUGCAAAAACAACAACGGUUACUGCUACAAUGGGAAAUGCCCCAUCAUGGCAGACCAAUGUAUUUCUUUCUUCGGGCCAAGUGCAACUGUGUCUCAAGAUGCAUGUUUUCAGUUUAAUCGUGAGGGCAAUCAUUAUGGCUACUGCAGAAAGGAACAAAAUACAAAAAUUGCAUGUGAACCACAAGAUGUAAAAUGUGGCAGGUUAUACUGCUUCCCUAAUUCACCUGAAAACAAGAAUCCUUGCAAUAUCUACUAUUCACCCAAUGAUGAAGAUAAGGGAAUGGUUCUUCCUGGAACUAAAUGUGCAGAUGGAAAGGCCUGCAGCAACGGGCAAUGUGUUGAUGUGACUACACCCUACUAAUCAAUCUCUGGCUUCUCUCAGAUUUGAUUUUAGAGAUCCUUCUUCCAGAAGGUUCAACUUCCCUCAAGUUCAAAGAGACCCAUCUGCCUGCAUCCUACUAGUAAAUCACCCUUAGCUUUCAUAUGGAAUCUAAAUUCUGCAAUAUUUCUUCUCCAUAUUUAAUCUGUUUACCUUUUGCUGUAAUCAAUCUUUUUCCCGCCACACAGCUCCAUGGGCAUGUACAACACCAACGACUUAUUUGCUGUCAAGACAAAAAAAAAAGGCCAGUUUACCGUUUGCCAAUUGCAAGCAUAUUUAAUGCAACAAGUUCUGCUUUUUGAGCUGGUGUAUUCAAAGUCAAUGCUUCCUCUCCCAAAAUUUCAUGCUGGCUUUCCAAGAUGUAGCUGCUUCCAUCAAUAAACUAUUCUCAUUCUGCA